GCAAGCCACAGACGGGGCACUGGCUGAGGACUGAUAGGAGCACCACCAGGAGAAGGUCGGCACCACCACUACCAUCAUCAUCAUGGGGAACUGUUGCGAGCGUCUGGGCCCACAGAAGAACACCUACGUGCGUGUGAGCCUGCCGGCCGUCUGCUUCGUCUGGCAGAUUGCGAUGAUCAUCCUGUUUGGGGUUUUUAUCCGCUAUGACAAGGAAUCGGACGCACAUUGGGCAGAGUACAAAAAGGAGAACAACCUCACGGACAAGGACAAUGACUUCUACUUCCGAUACCCAAGCUUCCAGGACGUCCAUGUCAUGAUCUUUGUUGGAUUUGGUUUCCUCAUGACCUUCCUGAAACGCUACAGCUACGGUGGCGUGGGCUUCAACUUCCUCAUCGCCUCCUUCGGCCUGCAGUGGGCUCUUCUUAUGCAGGGCUGGUUCCACUCCCUCGAUCUGACCACCGGGAAAAUCUCCAUCGGGGUUGAGAGCCUCAUCAACGCAGAUUUCUGCUGCGCUGGCUCUCUGAUCGCCUUCGGUGCCCUGCUGGGUAAAGUAAGCCCCGUCCAGCUCAUGGUCGUCACCUUGUUUGGAGUCACCCUGUUUGCUGUGGAGGAAUACAUCAUCCUUGACCUCCUCCACUGCAGAGAUGCCGGUGGAUCCAUGGUCAUCCACUGCUUUGGAGGGUAUUAUGGACUGGCCAUCUCCUGGGUGCUCUACCGACCAAACUUACACCAAAGUAAACGCCUCCACGGGUCCAUCUACCACUCAGACCUGUUUGCAAUGAUUGGUACACUGUUCCUGUGGAUGUUCUGGCCCAGUUUCAACUCAGCUAUCACAGACCACGGCGACGGCCAGCACAGAGCGGUCAUAAACACCUACAUCGCCCUCGCCUCCUCCGUUCUCACGGCUUUCGCCAUCUCCAGCAUGUCUCAGAAAAGAGGAAAAGUGGAUAUGGUGCACAUCCAGAAUGCCACUCUGGCAGGUGCUGUGGCGAUGGGAACGGCAGCAGAGUUUAUGAUCACUCCUUACGGCUCUCUCAUCGUCGGCUUCUGCAUGGGCAUCAUCUCCACAUUUGGCUACCUGUUUGUCACACCCUUUUUGGAGAAAACUCUCAAGCUUCAGGACACGUGUGGUAUUCACAAUCUGCAUGCAGUCCCAGGGAUGCUUGGUGGCUUCAUAGGCGCCAUCGUUGCUGCAACAGCUACUGAGGAAGUCUACAGUAAAGAAGGGCUGAUAAACACAUUUGAUAAGGAGGGCAAGUAUGCAGACAGAGAUAUGGGAACGCAGGGAGGCUUUCAAGCUGCUGGAACAUGUGUGUCGAUUGCAUUCGGGCUUAUUGGAGGAGCCAUUGUUGGGUUCAUCCUGAAGUUCCCUAUCUGGGGUGACCCUGCUGAUGACCACUGCUUCGACGAUGAGGCUUACUGGGAGCUGCCUGAGGAAGAAGAGGAGACCCUUCCUCCUGUUUUGGAGUACAACAACCACAUGAUUCACAAAGGCCAGGACAUAACCGAGUCCAGCUUCUCUGUGGACCAGAGUUAGAGGCAACCUGUUGGCCGCCCAACAUCAAGUAUAGCUUUGAAUUUGAUGCAGCUUCUCAGCAACACUGAUUCAUGAAGGUUUUCUCUUUGUCAGUCUUUCUUCUGACAAGUGACAGGAUUUGAUUAUUGGAAAGAAAAAUAUUUAAUAGUUUUUUUUUUUAGAUCUAAAAUAAUUUAAAUCAGAUUGAAUUAUCUUUUCAUUUAGUAACAACUGUCAUACAUUAGUGUUGUGACCACGGCUCCUAAUUCAGCCUGUAUGAUGUGAAGUUGGACGUGUUUAUGUUCUAUAAGCUGAUUUUUGUCAACUGUUUUUAAAUUUGUUCCUUUCUAAUGUAAGUCCUGCUCUAUAGUUCCUUAUUUAAUGCCAUUUAGCUUGUUAAUUUCAGUCGAUGACAACUGGUUUCAGUCGAAAAAUCUGUAAAAAUAUGUUUUUUUGUUAAAUGAAGGCACACAGAAGGUGAUCAGGAUUGAAACGUGUUUGUGCUGUUAAAUAUGGCAGGCUUGAAUGAUGUAUCUAUGUGCAUAAUUGUCCACAGUUGUCACUUUCCAUUUGUUUGCAACAUAGCUAAUUCUUACAGAGUAACUAUGACACAAUUCCCUGCAGUUUUGUUGCUGCAAUGUUGAAUGUUAACUCGAGUAGCCAAAGAAGGUGCAUCAUCAGGAAAACUCACAUUUCCUAACAUCUCUAGCAAAGGUGUGAAUAACUGGCUCUCACAAACAGGACUGUACUGAGAUAAAAAAAAAAAA